AUGGAGGGCGGCGAGCUGGGCGUGGAGAACAUGGAGACCCUAACAGAGCUGGGCGACGAGCUUACCCUCGGCGACAUCGACGAGAUGCUGCAGUUUGUCAGUAACCAGACAGGGGACUUCCCAGAUCUGUUUUCGGAUCACUUGUGUGGCACCUUCCAGGGCAAUGGCAGCAGCAGCAGCAGCAGCAGCGGGACCCUGGAGCCGCAGCGGUCAUACAGCCAGGUGCAGCUCCAGCCCUUCCCACCAGCCCCUGCCUCCCCCCAGCUCCAGACUGUACCAGUCAAAGCGACACAGGCAACACCUCCAGCCCCUCCACGUUCAGCCCCUCUCCUUCAGCCCCGGCCCCCGCUCCAGCCUCAGCCUCAGCUCCAGCAGCAGGCUGUGAUGAUUGCACCAACGUUCAGCUCUGCACCUCAGACCAGGAUUAUCCAGCAGCCAGUGAUCUACCAGAAUGCAGCCACAAGCUUCCAAGUUCUCCAGCCUCAAGUCCAGAGCUUGGUGACAUCCUCCCAGGUUCAACCAGUUACAAUCCAGCAGCAGGUGCAGACCGUGCAGGCCCAGCGAGUGCUAACACAGGCUGCCAAUGGUACCAUCCAGACAUUAACACCAGCCACAGUCCAGACAGUUGCUGCCCCACAGGUCCAGCAAGUUCCAGUUUUGGUCCAACCUCAGAUCAUAAAAACAGACUCCCUUGUGCUGACAACCCUGAAAACAGAUGGUAAUCCUGUCAUGGCUGCAGUACAGAACCCAGCGCUGACAGCACUCACUGCUCCCAUUCAGACCACGGCUCUGCAGGUACCGACCCUUGUUGGGAGCAAUGGGACCAUUUUAACAACAAUGCCAGUGAUGGUGGGACAAGAAAAGAUGCCUAUCAAACAAGUUCCAGGGAGUGUCAAGCAGCCAGAACCACCUAAAGAAGGAGAGAGGAGAACAACUCACAACAUCAUUGAAAAGCGUUACCGGUCGUCCAUCAACGACAAGAUCAUUGAGCUGAAGGACCUCGUCAUGGGGACGGAUGCCAAGAUGCACAAGUCUGGAGUCCUGAGGAAAGCCAUUGAUUACAUUAAGUACCUGCAGCAGGCCAACCAUAAGCUGAGGCAGGAGAACAUGGUUCUGAAGCUGGCUAACCAAAAAAACAAGCUGUUGAAAGGUAUUGACCUAAGUAGUCUGGUUGACAAUGAUGUGGAUCUGAAGAUAGAUGAAUUCAACCAGAAUGUGCUGCUGAUGUCUCCUCCAGCCUCUGACUCGGGAUCCCAAGCUGGCUUCUCUCCCUAUUCCAUUGAUUCGGAGCCAGGAAGCCCUCUCCUUGAUGAUGCAAAGGUUAAAGAUGAGCCUGACUCUCCUCCUGUGGCCCUUGGUAUGGUGGAUCGCUCUCGCAUGCUCCUCUGUGCUCUCACGUUCCUUUGCCUUUCCUUCAAUCCUCUGACAUCCCUCCUGGACUCCCGAGGAAGCCCGGAGUCUGACAGCCUGGUGCGCCACGGCUCGGGCAGGAACGUGCUGACCAUUGAGUCAGAUGCGGGUGGUUGGUUUGGCUGGAUGCUGCCCACGCUGAUCCUGUGGCUUGUGAAUGGAGUGAUUGUGCUGAGCGUGUUCAUCAAGCUCCUCGUGCAUGGGGAGCCAGUGACCCGGCUGCACUCGAGGUCCUCGGUCACCUUCUGGAGGCACCGCAAGCAAGCAGACCUGGAUUUGGCACGGGGGGAUUUUUCUGCUGCUGCAUCAAACCUGCAGACCUGCCUGUCAGUGCUUGGCCGGGCACUGCCGGCCUCCCGCCUGGACUUGGCCUGCAGCCUGUCCUGGAACGUGAUCCGCUAUAGCCUGCAGAAGCUGGCGCUGGUGCGGUGGCUGCUGAAGAGGACCUCUCCUCAGUGGCGGGCAAGGGAGGCCAACGCAGCCUUCGAGGAGGAGGCCAAGACCAGCGCUCGGGAUGCGGCUCUGGCCUACCACAAGCUCCAUCAGCUCCACAUAACAGGUAAACUUCCCUCCAGCUCAGCUUACUCAGGCUUGCAUAUGGCCCUGUGUGCUGUGAAUCUGGCCGAGUGUGCAGAAGAAAAGAUCCCACCCAGCACAAUGGCAGAAAUCCACCUGACAGCUGCAGUCGGCUUGAAAACCCGCUGUGGAGGCAAACUUGGCUUCUUGGCAAGCUACUUCCUAAGCCAGGCUCAAAGCCUGUGCAGCUCAGAGCGGAGUGCCAUCCCUGACUCAUUGCGCUGGCUCUGUCACCCCCUGGGACAGAAGUUUUUUGUGGAGCGAAGCUGGACAGUGAAGUCUGCUGCAAAGGAGAGCCUGUACUGCACCCAGAGGAACCCUGCUGAUCCUAUUGCACAAGUUCAUCAGGCAUUUUGUGAGAACCUGCUAGAGCGAGCAGUGGAUUCACUUGUGAAGCCUCAGACUAGGAAAGAGGUAGCAGGACAAGAGGAGGAGGAGCCAUGCGAGUUCUCCAGUGCCAUGGAGUACCUGAAAUUGCUCAACUCUUUCUUGGACUCGAUGGGAAGUGGAGCCCCACCCUUUGCCAGCAGUUCUGUACUCAAGUCUGCCCUGGGCCCCGAUGUGGUGUGCCGGUGGUGGUCAGCGGCGGUGGCGAUGGCGAUCGGCUGGCUGCGCGGGGACGAUGCGGCCGUGAGGUCACACUUCGCAGACGUGGAGCGCAUGCCAAAGUCCCUGGAGAUGUCAGAGAAUGCCCUGGUGAAAGCCACCUUCUACGUCUGUAAAGCUAUGCAGGCCUCACUGUCUGGGAAGGCAGAUGGACAGCAGAGCUCCCUGGGUCACUGUGAGAGGGCCAGCAGUCACUUAUGGAACAGCCUCAACAUGAGCAGUGGUGUCUCCAGCACCAUCCUCAACAACAUGAUCCAGCUGCUGGCCUGUGACUUGCUGCUCUCUCUCCGCACCAGCCUGUGGCAGAAGCAGGCGAACGCCAGCCAGGCUCUGGGUGAGACCUACCAUGCCUCAGCCCCCGAGCUCACAGGUUUCCAGCGGGACCUGGGCAGCCUGCGCAAGCUGGCCCAUGGCUUCAGGCCUGCCUAUCGCAAGGUCUUUCUCCACGAGGCCACUGUGCGCCUGAUGGCAGGUGCCAGCCCUACCCGCACCCAUCAGCUGCUGGAGCACAGCCUGAGGCGACGCACACCACAGAGCAAUAAGCAAGGGGAACUGGACACGCUGCCGGGCCAGAGGGAGCGAGCGACAGCCAUCCUGCUAGCCUGCCGCCACCUCCCCCUCUCCUUCCUCUCCUCCCCAGGCCAGCGAGCAGUGCUGCUGGCUGAGGCUGCCCGCACCCUGGAGAAGGUGGGGGACAAACGCUCCUGCAAUGACUGCCAGCAGAUGAUCGUCAAGCUGAGUGGGGGCACAGCCAUCGCUGCCUCCUAACCCCGGCAUGGGGUCACCCUGUGCAAAGACAGCCUGGUCACCCGUCAGCCUGGACUUCCCUUCUGGAGCUUAAAAAUGAGGAGGAAGAAAAAAGAAAAAAAAAAAGUGCUAGGCUAGGGCUGUG